AUGUUCAGAGUCUGCUUGAAAGCGCAUCGGAUCAUGCGGGCUUUGCGUUCUUCUAUUGCAAUCGAAAUGAAGAGAAUCGAAGAGAUCCCCCUCUGCGUCCUUCAAAGCUAUGUUCGUCAACUCUCAACCGCUGUUGGAAGUACUCAACAUAUACGGAAAAAACUCAAGAUCGUCAGCGAUCAAGCAGAACGCCAAGGAUCUCACUUGGGCUUCGAGAACUGCAUAACCCAAUUGAAAGAAUCAAUAAAUGAGUACUCUGAGACCUUCAUCAUUCUCGAUGCCCUGGAUGAAUGUGAUCAAGACUCGCGCUGGCGGCUCAUCCAUGUGAUAAAGGACUUGGUAUCCAAAUCCGAUCGGCCGCUCAAGGUCUUCAUCUCAAGUCGACCAUACGACGACGAUAUCAAAAUGCAGAUCUCUGGCAACAACGUUAAGCUCAAGGCGAUAAAGAAUCAAGGUGACAUUGAGAAAUUUGUCAAUGCCGAAGUAGACAAGCCUAGGAGAUGGGGCCCAAUACCCGCAGACCUGUGGAUCAAGAUCGUCCAGGUCCUUUGUGAAGACAGCCAGGGAAUGUAA